UGUGAAUGUAAAGCUGUUUUCUCGCUGCCGAUGAGUCUCGCGAGAUUUUACCCACGGGGUAGCUGAGUUGGAGAGGAUCAUGGCGGAGCGCAGGAGGCACAAGAAACGGAUCCAGGAGGUGAGCGAGCCCACCAAGGAGGAGAAGGCGGUGGCCAAGUACCUUCGGUUUAAUUGCCCCACCAAGUCCACCAACAUGAUGGGUCACCGAGUCGACUACUUCAUUGCCUCCAAGGCCGUGGACUGUCUGCUGGACUCCAAAUGGGCCAAAGCUAAGAAGGGAGAAGAGGCUCUGUUCACCACCAGAGAGUCGGUGGUAGAUUACUGCAACAGACUCUUAAAGAAGCAGUUCUUCCACCGAGCUCUUAAGGUGAUGAAGAAGAAGCCAGAGAAAGACGCUAAGAAAGAGAAGGAGAAAGAGAAAGUCAAGAGUGACAGCAGCAAAGAGGAGGAGAAAAAAGGGAAGAAGGAGAAAGAGAAGAAGAAAGAGUCUGAAGUUGCUGAAACUAAGAAAGAGAAGAGUGAUGAGAGCCCAGGAACCCCAAAGAAGAAGAAAGAAGUGAAGAAAAAGUUUAAACUGGAGCCUCAUGAGGAUCAGCUGUUCCUGGAUGGGAAUGAGGUGUACGUGUGGAUUUACGACCCGGUUCAUUUCAAAACGUUUGCGAUGGGUUUGAUCCUCGUUAUUGCAGUGAUUGCAGCCACCCUGUUCCCGCUGUGGCCUGCAGAAAUGCGUGUUGGAGUUUACUAUCUGAGUGUUGCAGCUGGCUGCUUUGUGGCCAGCAUCCUGCUUCUAGCAGUUGCUCGCUGCAUCCUCUUCCUGAUUAUCUGGCUGGUGACCGGCGGACGCCAUCACUUCUGGUUCCUGCCCAACCUGACCGCAGACGUGGGCUUCAUCGACUCGUUCAGGCCGCUCUACACGCACGAAUACAAAGGGCCGCGAAGCAGCGACAAGAAGGGCUCCGAUAAGACUGACGAGAAGGACGGCGCCGCCUCCCUCAAGGCGCAGAAGUCUGACAGCGACGAGAAGUCGGACAGCGAGAAGAAGGACGACGAGGAAGAGGACGAAGACGAGGAGAGCAAAGAGGCGAAGGGAGAUGCAACGGAAGACCGCCACUCGGAUACGGACAGCGAUCGUCGGGAGGACGAAGGCUCGCAGCACAGCAACGGAAACGACUUUGAAAUGAUCACCAGGGAGGAGCUGGAGCAGCACACAGAGGAGGAAGACGACGAGGAGGAGGAGGAGGAAAACGAGGAAGAGGGAGAGGAGGAAGAUGAGGAGACGCAGGAGAGAAAAGAGGGUAGCGAGAGUAAAGUCCAGACUGCUGAGACAUAAACUUCCUGUUCCAUCAUUCUUGUUUCCUUCCUCUCCCUGCUGUGAUCCCAGGACCUGCUCGUCCGGCCUCUCUCAGCACAGAGGCUCCAUCUCAUGUUGUUGAGAUCUUCCUUCCACUAAACAGAACCGGGAUAGACACAACGCUCACAGGCCAUGAUGAUGGGGAAAAUGUUUAAAAAAAAGAAGAAGCAGCCGCCUUACAGUGGAAAUGAUUCCUUUCCAAUUAAUUGUUAUUUAUGUUAAAAUGAAACUGCUGUUUGCCUGAGGAACCUACCGGUCCAAAACACCGCCUGCCAGGGUCUUAACAUCAUUUGGAGAACAAGAGGUCCGAUCUAGACGAUGGUGGGGAGUCGUGUUUGACCGGUCAGGAGGUUCUGGUGUCAUCUGGUGAGUCCGGUAGAUUCCUCAGGCAGAAGGAUGAUGCCAGCUGUUCAUCCUGAACUCAGCCAGACGGACCAAAUCCCCAAAACCACAGAGGCAGAAUAAAGGUUUGCAGAGUAAUGCGGGUCUCUGCAGAUUCAUCCCAAUUCAUUAAUUUAUUCACUAAUUCAAUUCAUAGAGGAAAACUUCUACAUUACACAGAUUCAUUGCAUAUGUUCAGAUAUUUUACUUGUUUAUUUUGAUGAUUAUGUCUUACAGCUAAUAGCCACAUCAGCAGGCCUUUUCCUCCUUCCAUCCUUGUGGCCUGUGCAGUUUUUGUUUUGGGUACUUUUUUCUUCCACUUAACUUUCUCUUGAAGCACUAUUUCGUGCUUCUCCACAUCUCAUUUUUUUGCCACGUUUUCCUUCCACUCAACUUUCAAUUAAUUUAAUUCAGUUCAUGACGGUUCUUAUUUUAAUUUUUUUCUCAUUAACUGUAAGUCUUAGUCAUCACUACAAACAAAAUAAACUGUUGAAAUGUUUCACCG